AUGUUUUUAUUUGGAAAGCAAAAGACACCAAAAGAGGUGCUCAGAGAGAAUCAAAGAGCUCUUAAUAAAUCAAUGAGAGAACUCGAUAGAGAAAGAGUAAACUUACAGAAUCAAGAGAAAAAGAUUAUUAUAGAUAUAAAGAAGAUGGCUAAACAAGGUCAAAUGAAUUCAGCAAAGAUCAUGGCUAAAGAUUUAGUACGAACAAGAUUCCAUAUUCAAAAGUUUUAUGAAAUGAAGACACAAUUACAAGCUGUUAGUUUAAGAAUUCAAACAUUGCAAUCAACACAAUCGAUGGCAGAAGCAAUGAAGGGUGUAACUAAAGCAAUGAUGGUUAUGAAUAAACAGAUGAAUAUACCACAGUUUACAAAGAUUAUGAUGGAGUUUGAACAACAGUCUGACAAGAUGGACAUGAAGGAGGAGAUGAUGAACGAUACAAUGGACGAUGUUAUGCAGCAAGACGGUGAAGAAGAGCAAUCACAAGAGAUUUUGAAUCAAGUGCUGGAUGAAAUCGGUAUAGAACUCGGUUCACAACUUGUAGACGCACCAACAUCAACAGCUACCUCAGUUGCCUCGAAACAUCAAGUCAAUGGUUAA